CGCCAACGGUCUGACCAGUCCAAUCCAAAAACUGUCAGCUCAAACUCCCGCUGGAUACACCGCUCUCGACGAAGAGAUUGUGGGUGUCCGAAUGCAGUAUCGCUACCAACCAGUGUACGCUAAAAAAAUUAUUUACGGCGAUGACAACACCGUUGGACACCAAUCACAAACUAAGGCGCCAUGUGUACAACUUGAAUCAGCUGAGGCAUGAGAAUGUCGCCGAUUUCGUGGGACUGUCGCAGACCAGCACCUUUGUCACUGUGAUCAGUGAGUGCACAUCCAAAGGAACAUUGCGACAGCUGCUCAGUUUUGGUCAGCAAAAGAUGGACGAAAAGCUACGGUUUUCUUUAUGCUGGGAUCUUUUUCAUGGUUUGGAGUACAUUCAGAAGAGUGUCGAAUUCCAUGGAAAUUUGACUAGUUUCUUUUGUCUGGUCGAUCACCGAUUUUCCCUGAAAAUUGCCCAAACUGGGUUCACUAGGUUCUACGAAGUUCUUCAUGUGCCGAAUGAGGAACCGGAAAUAGAGGCGCUGUUCUGCUUAUGGAAGCCGGUAGAUGUGCACGAUAUGGUGCGCUCCAAUAGUUUGCAUCUGAUCAAGCACUACAAAAAUGUGAAAGAAAUCGAUAUGUUUGCAAUGGCCAUGAUCUUCUACGAGAUCCUUUCGAAUAAACUUCCACUUGACAUUGCCAACCUUUCCCAAGAAACUGUUCAAGGUGUACUGGACAAGAUCAAAGAGAAAGGGAAUUUCCAAAUAACCGACGAACUGGUUAGCGAUCCAAUUAGACACUUACUGAAUGUGUGCCUAUCGAAUCCAACUACCUAUGAUUAUCCCACAAUAAAGACCUUUGGCGAAGCCAUGAAGAAGGUCAUCACCAGAGCCAAACCGUAUAUGCUGCAGAUUGUGAGACAUUUGGAAAUGCAUGCGCAGAGAUCAAUUGUUAAACGCCUGCGGAACAAGGUAUCCGUCCAACCCGAGCAUUUCGACCAGGUCACGUUGCUGUUCAGCGAUCUUCCCGCUUUCAGUCACAUCGUGAUGCGGUGCACUCCAUGGGAGACCAUUGAGCUGCUGAACACUAUUCACUCCCGCUUUGACGAAGUGAUGACCCAUUACGAUGUGUACAAAGUGGAGACCAUCAACGACUGUUACAUUAUUGCCAGCGGCCUUCCAAUUCGCAACGGCGCGCUGCACGCCGGUAUAAUCUGCAGUUUAGCCUUGCGGUUCAUACAGACGGCGCAGUUGGUUACGAAUCCAGCAGAUUCGCGGCGACAAUUACAGAGCCGUAUCGGCAUUCAUACAGGGCCGAUUGUGGCCGGGGUCAUCGGGAAGAAGAUGCCAAGAUACUGUCUGUUUGGAGACACCAUUAACACCUGCAGCCGCAUGGAAAGUCAUGGAGAAGAAGGAAGAAUACACCUGAGCGAAGCCACCAGUCAGUUGGUCAACGAAGGACAAGAGUUUCUUCUUAUAGCGCGAGGUGGAAUUACUAUUAAGGUAAAUCUGGAAUUCAGAGGAGUAACAGGAUUUCUGUGUAAUAUUACUCGUAAGAUUUAUAACGAAUGCUCGAAUGUUUUUGAAUGACGAUUUUUGUCAUAGGGUAAAGGUCUAAUGUAUACUUACUGGCUGCGCAAGGCUUUGGACGAUUAAACAUGACAGUGAAAGUGUUAAAGCAUGAAGUGUUAUGUAUUGCAUACUGGACUUGGAAACGGCUACAUGCAGACAGAAAUUGUCAAUUUACGGACUUCCACCAGUUCUAGCGACGUCUGUACUAUGUUACGCGGUAUUACCACUUUUAGACGUUUUACAUACCCAUUACUCAUUACUUCCACUAGUAAAAUUUUCCAUGAUUGUGUUACUUCGAAGCCCCAGGCAAAAAAUUGCUAUUUUUGGGGCAGCUGCUUCCUUUAACGUAAAUUGGAACUGACGCAAAAACUGAUAUGUACAGAUAUGGUGCAGCGGUUCCAACUCACUUUAUCGUUCACAAAUCGAACCAUAGGGCUCACCCAGAACCGUCUCCGAUCAAAUGACCUAAGACGAGGUACUGACUGUCGAUCAAUCACGUCGUUAUCACGAUAAAAAAACGAAUAGUAUGACGCGAUGACUGUGGUCUUUGGGGUGACCUUUGAGUUUAGAAUUGCAGCUUGUGUACGAGUACAGUAGCUAUAGUACGAAUGCGAUAUCUGCUGUUCAGUCUGCGUAAUACUUACGAUUAAUUAGGACAUUGCUAUAGUGCGAGGUUUGCAACUAAGCACGUAGCUAUAGGAGAUCCUUAUAAGGACUGCGCUGUAUAUAUAUAUGAAACAACAACAUGGGAGUUGCCUUCAAAAUCCAUUUUUUUGGUUUUUAUACGAAAUAUUUCUUUCAUUCGCAAUGAAUGCCUCAUGUACUUGUACGUGCAAAUUCCUUGAAUUUCGUCCUCUCUUCGCUCUGCUAAUCAAUAUAUCCAAGCCAUAAAAGUGCAAUCAGUGUUCGGCAAAACAAUUCGUCAAAACAAUAACGUCCUCUUACUCGUAAGCCACCACACAAUUUACUACUGCUUACUUUGAAAGGAAUUAUUAAAUUUAAUAAUGUUCAUGAACGCAAACAUGUUGCAAACAGAAACGGCAAAAACUUGAUGGACGUUGCAAGCAGUGAGGGGUUAGAGUUUUAGACGCCCUACUUACUUUUUACUACUCCGUUCUGUGGUCUUAUUUCACUGUUACUAUUUUUUUCAAAAAUCUUACUGUUUACUUACUGUUACUUUUGGUUUCAUAAAGUUACUAAUAUUCGGAUUUACACGUACACAGCAUCGGUACGAGUACAGUACUCGUUUUGUAAUUUGUGUCGAAAAGUGACGCUAACCAGUAGAAAUGCUGCGAGUGAAUGCAGUGGGCGGGUGAUGUAUACACAACAAAAAGCCGAUGAGUCAGAGGAAUCACGUUACCUGCGGGCCAGAGUUGCUGAUCAGCAUUCAGCACAAACCAGCACGACCCACACAUAAUGCGUCUGGACCAGGAAUUAUUAGAAUUCAUUGAAUUUAUUACAGUACUGUUUUCUGCAUCAUCGUCCACUUUUUAAAACGUUAAAAAAUCGUCUUUAUAUAAUAGAUUUUUGUUGGUUUAUAAUUUUGUGUCAUACUCAUGCGAUAUCACAAACUGGGAUUUUGUUGUGAGGGCGAACUUUAUCCAUCUGCGACGGGGAUCCCUAAUCUAGGGUCCGGGAAGGGGAGCGAAGCGCGUCUGCGUGGUUGGCACCUGCCCGUGGAUUAAUAGUGUGGGAAAGGAUUAUCAACAGG